AUGAAGGCGAAAGAAGGAAUGGGAGAAGAGAAAGAGAACGGAGGCCCGUCCGGCACCUCCGCGACCUCCUCCUCCAAUGGCUUGGCCAAGUUCGCGCCGGGCGUCUUCCCGGUCGCCCGCCCCCACCUGCAGGAGCAGGAGUUCCUCCGGAGAUCCAGCAGAAGCAGCAGCAGCAGCAGCGUGCUCAGCAACCUCGGCAACAGCGUGGGCAACAGCGGCAACAGCGCGGCAGGCGGCGGCAGCGGCAGCAGCAGGAACAGCGUGAACACGAAGCUGGGCGGCAGCACUCAGCUCGGCAUGACCCUGAGCGGCAGCAGCAGCACGCCCGUGGAGCCCAUCAAGCCCCUGCUGGACCUGAGCGCGGGCGGGGGGGCGGCCAACCGCUUCUUCACGCUGCCCUCGUACCCCGUGUUCGACGAGGCGGCGCCCAGGAACGUGUCGGGCCUCGCCGGCAACACCGUCUACCUCCACUGCCUCGUGCACAACCUCGCCGACAAGAGCGUCUCCUGGAUCCGGCAACGAGACCUACACAUCCUGACCGUCGGCCGCUACACCUACACAACGGACCAGCGAUACGAGGUGAUACACUCCGUCGACUCGCAGGACUGGAUACUGAAGAUCAAGUACGCGCAGGUUCGAGACUCGGGGACUUACGAGUGCCAAGGCCAGUCCUCAGUCGUUCAAUCCCCCCAGGCGGAGAUCAUCGGCGCCCCCGACAUGUACGUGGACAGGGGAUCGACCAUCAACCUGACCUGCGUCAUCGCCUACAGCCCGCACCCGCCCGCCUACAUCUUCUGGUACCACGACGGCAAGGUGGUGAACUACGAUUCCCCUCGCGGCGGAGUGACGGUGGUGAUGGAGAGGGGAAACACGUCUUACGGCUACCUGGUCAUAGAGGAGUGUUCUUUGUUUACCUCGCGGGGGUCUUAA